UGUGUGUGUGUGUGUGGAGUAGGACACUACAACAUGGCCAUGAACACUCACACUCCCUUCCUUGUUCUUCUCCUCAUAUCUUCCUUGAUCACCAUCCAUGGCGCUGGCUAUGGGCCCACCCCAGGAUUGGGACCGGCCCCGCCACCGCCAUUCGAGGUGGCUGGGAAGCCGUUCCCCCCACAGUCGUACCACUGCAGAAACAGAACGAGCCCAUGCUAUGAGAAAGAGAUCAAAUGCCCGAAACAGUGCCCCGAGUUCAAGCCAGCUGACCCCACGGCCAAGGCUUGCUUCAUUGACUGCAAGUCUCCCAAAUGUGAAGGGGUUUGCAAGAAUAGAAAACCCAACUGCGAAGGAAUGGGGGCUGCCUGUUACGAUCCAAGGUUCGUGGGAGGAGACGGGUUGGUGUUCUAUUUCCAUGGAAAAUCCAACCAGCACUUCAGCUUGGUUUCAGACUCAAACCUUCAGAUCAAUGCCCGCUUCAUCGGACGACGACCGGAAGGAAGGUCUCGUGAUAACACAUGGAUUCAAGCCCUGGGUCUCAUGUUCAACUCCCACUCAUUCACCUUGGCAGCUAACAAGGUAGCGAAGUGGGACGACGCUGUCGAUCAGCUCCACUUCACCUAUGAUGACAAGCCAGUCGUCAUCGAUGAAGGCCAUCUCUCUACAUGGGCUGCCCCAGAUAGCCGCUUGAUCGUUGAGCGUACCGCAAGGUCCAACAGUGUAACAGUCACACUACCAAACAUCGUUGAGAUCUCCAUUAGUGUUGUCCCAAUAACGGAAGAGGAUGACCGCAUCCACAACUAUCAGAUCCCGGCCAACGACUGCUUUGCCCACUUGGAGGUGCAGUUCAGGUUCUUUGAUCUCUCUGAGAGGGUUGAAGGUGUGCUGGGCCAGACGUACCGACCGGACUUCCAGAAUCCAGUCAAGCGGGGCGUGUCGAUGCCGAUCAUGGGUGGAGAACAUAAGUACCAGACGUCCUCGCUACUGUCCCCGGAUUGCAAGUACUGCAUUUUCUCCCGGGAUGAUCAGACUGCAGUGGAGUCAUUGGCCUUGGACCCAACAAACACCAUGGACUGCACCAGCAAGAUGACCAAUGGCCGCGGUGUUGUUUGUCGUCGGUAGAAAGACAGAUAGAAGAGAAGAGAAAGAAAGAGGUCGAAGGGUUUUAGAGUAUAUUUAGGGAAGUUGUUUUGAAUAAAAUGACACAGUGUUGCUCUAUAAAAAGUAACAGGUCUCCAAAAGAUACUUGUUCUAGGUAGGACUCUUGUAGUAAUUAUUAUAUAUUCAUGGGGUAUAGAUUAGUGAAUUUGAAGGCUGCAUCUUUCCAUAUCUCAGAGAACAGAAAAAGGGGGAGCGGUUGUGGAUUAUGUGCUGUUUUUCAAUUCAUCAAUCUGUAUCUCAAUCUGUGUGUGUUUUUUUUUUCUUUUCUUUCUUUUCUUUUUAUUUAGUAUCAUCUAGCUGUGUAAGCACACAAGGAAAUAGAAAUAAAGCGAUUGUUCUUUGUUAAAGUAACUUUGAUUAAUCUUACUGUCAUAUGAAAAUCAGGCAACUGCUUGUAUAAGAAGGACUAGAGAAUCUCUAUGAAAAAUUGGAUUUGGACUUUCACUAAGAAUCCAAAUUAGGAAUUGAAAUCUCAGAACUUUUAUACCGUCAGUAAUGUUUGGCAACUUAAAUUUUCAAUUUAUGUGAUCCAGAAACUGUAUUUGGA